AUGGAGCAGCUCGGUUCGAUGAUGGAGCACCGGUUGAAGGCGUUGGCAAGCUGGAUGGCCUAUGCCGGGAAUGGUACGUUCGAGGGCUUCCUUGGAGGACCUGGAGUCGCGCUCCUGCCCGCGUGGUCCUGGCCCGGCGGGUUCUGGUUCGGUGUGAUCACGCUCGCCCUUGGAUACGGUCUGUACCUACUCUACUACCCUGUGUUCGUCUGGAAGCGGGACCUCACCGACAUCGGGUACAACAACGUGCUGGACGCGGCAGGGAUUGGGAAGCGCGAUCGUCGCCGUGUGGAGGCGAUCAACCGUGCUAGACGGCUGCGUAGGGCCGGAGAUCGUUUGCCUCCACCGUACCCGAAUGGGUGGUUCUCGGUGCUGGAAUCGGAGUCCCUGGCACGCGGAGAAGCACGCAGUGUGGACUGCCUCGGGCAGAACCUGGUCGUGUUCCGGACGGCGUCUGGCGAGGUGAGUGUCCUGGAUGCGUACUGUCCACAUCUUGGGGCGAAUCUAGGUGUUGGAGGUAUCGUCCGCGGUGACUGCAUCGAGUGCCCGUUCCAUCACUGGUCGUUCAGCGGACGAGAUGGUCAGUGCACGAAUGUCCCGUACAGCAAAACAGGUACCGUACCACGGGUGGCCAAGCUGCGCAAAUGGCGCUCACUCGAGGUGAACGGUUUCAUCUUUGUGUGGCACCACACGGACGAGGGUGUUGAACCGUGGCCGGUUAACGUUGUGCCGGAGAUCGAGGAUGGGCGGUGGGUUUACUACGGCAAGAAUGAGUUCCUCGUGAACUGUCACAUCCAGGAUGUGCCGGAGAAUGGAGCUGAUGUAGCGCAUUUGGCCGCCGUUCACGGACCGAACAUGCUGUCUGGGAGUGACAUACGGUAUUCGAGAGCAGCUUGGGCUGAUUUUGGCAUGCACUCGUGGCUCGCGAGCUGGAAGGCACCGGAGGAGGGCGAACCGGCGCACAUCGCCAAGAUGGAUCUGGUGCAUUCGUUCCGGAUCUUCAACAAGCUCGAGGUGGGUCGGAUUGACGUUCGAGCGCUCCAGAUUGGUCCCGGGUACGUUCAGCUGCUCAUGAACACCGGUAUGGGUCCGUUUGUCGUCCUGCAGUCGGUCACACCGGUCGAACCGCUCGUGCAGAAGGUCAUCCAUCGGUUCUACGCGCCACGAAACCUCUGGAACGCGAUCUUCCAGAAGUUCGCAAUCUGGGCGGAAAGCGUCAUGUUCGAGCGAGACGUUAUGAUCUGGAACCACAAGCAGUUCAUCGACAAUCCGCUGCUCAUCAAGGAGGACCGUCUGAUCAAGAGCUACCGGAAGUGGUACAGCCAGUUCUACGGCGAGAAUAGCGUUAGCUUCGCGAUGGCAAAGGAAAAGCUGGAUUGGUGAGCGGCAGAGGUGAAUCAAAAUGGCGAGCGAACGAAAGCGAAACAUAUUCGAUGCAGUGAUCUUUUUGUACUUAGUGCGUUAGACAUCGACGUUAGGUUGAAUCUGGACUAGGGCUCGUUAACUGGCGCCGAAAUCCCCAGGGGGCGUACCGGCGUAGAGAACGCUUUGGGAAAGCUUCUAGAAUACUUAGUUACCGUGUUAGAGAUAGGAUUACGAUCGUAAUAAAGAU